GGGAUGUUUUGGCUGGGUGCACCGCUGGCCUGCUGCCUUACAUGGGCAAACCUCUCCACUCACUCAGACGGCUGGAAUUUCACAGCGUGACGUCACUACCCACAACUCUCCCAGAAUUUGGAUCAAGAAGUUUCACUUUUUUUUAGGUGGGAUUUCAACCUCUCUCUCUUGUGUUUCCUAGAAAGCGAGAUUGCAGCAUACUGUACUGGGCAUCGUGUCAACAAUCUUCCAGUCCCAUACAUCCAGAGAGGAGAAAAGGUGUCUGAUCCUGUCUUCCCCAUCAUUGCUUAGUGUUAAAGUUUUGAACCAUGUGGAACCCAGCCAACAGUAACGAGCAGACGGGACAAGUGGCCGCCAGGAUGGAGACCACACCGUCGCUGGGCAGCGCCAGCAUCUCUAUCUCCCAGCAACAGGCGCCCAAGAAAUUCGCCCCCAUGGUCGCGCCCAAGCCCAAGUUCAACCCUUACAAACAGGGAGGAGACCCCGGUCACCCCGACUCUGCAGCGGAAUACCCUCCCCCUCCACCACCUGCGGAAGACUCAACCGGUUUCCCAUCAUCCCCCGGUUCCUACCCUCCUCCUCCUCCUAUGAACUCAUAUGAUUUUCAGAUGAAAGGACCAGAGAAGACCCUGGAGGAGAGACGCUCCAGUUUGGAUGCUGAGAUCGACUCCCUCACCAGCAUCCUGGCAGACCUGGAGAGCAGCUCACCCUACAAGCCACGAACCACACAAAACUCUGGAUCCUCUGCAGUCCCCUCUCCAAACACUCCAGUGACUGGUUACAAGCGUAUGGUCAUUCCAACUCAGCCCCCUCUGACCGCCACCAAGAAGUCUACGCCCAAACCUCAGGGUCCUGGAGGAGUCUCGUCUAUCCCCCCUUCCUCUGUCAGCCCGGUGGCCAAACCUCAAAGCCACAUGGCUCCUCAGCCUGUUGCAGCCUCCUACGCUACAGCCUCAACCCCAAGCCAGCCCACCUUCAAUGUCCAGGUGAGAUCGGCUCAGCCCGGCCCCCAGCAUCAAGCCCCAGUCGGGCAACAUUUUGGCCAGCAUCCGAUCCGCAGCCCUGCACAGGUGCAGUACAUGCCAGCGCAGCCCAAAGGCCCCGACUUCGCCUAUGGACCACCACAGCCUGGCUUUUCAUCGAUGGCUCCGGGUGUAUAUCAGGAGCAUCCAGGAGUAGGCGCCAGGAGAGCUGAGGCAGCCCCUGCCCAAGCAUACCAACCUCCGGGCCCCAAGAAGACCUACAUCACAGAUGUACCACAAAGCUUGGCCCCCUACAUUGCUGGACCAGCUGUUCCACCAAAGGGCAGUGCUCCCAUGGCCCACCCUGAAGACGAGCUGGAACGCCUGACCAAAAAGAUGUUGUUUGACAUGGACAACCCUCCAUCUGAGGAGUAUUUUGGGCGCUGUGCCAGCUGUGGAGAGAACGUAGUGGGUGAAGGCACUGGCUGCACUGCCAUGGACCAGGUCUUCCAUGUUGACUGCUUCGUCUGCAUGACCUGCAGCACCAAGCUGCGUGGCAAGCCCUUCUACGCUGUGGAGAAGAAGGCCUACUGCGAGCCUUGCUAUAUUAACACUCUUGAGACCUGCACCAUCUGCAGUAAGCCCAUCAUGGAGCGCAUCCUGCGGGCUACAGGGAAAGCCUACCACCCUCACUGCUUCACCUGCGUGGUGUGCCACCGCAGCCUCGACGGCAUCCCUUUCACCGUGGACGCUUCCAACCACAUCCACUGCAUCGAGGACUUUCACAAGAAGUUUGCACCACGCUGCUGUGUGUGCUCUGAUCCCAUAAUGCCAGCACCAGGCCAGGAGGAGACCGUUCGCAUUGUGGCCCUGGACCGUGACUUCCACGUGCAGUGUUACCGCUGUGAGGACUGUGGCUCCCUGCUCUCAGAGGGGGAUAACCAGGGCUGCUACCCUCUGGACGGACACGUGCUCUGCAAAAACUGUAACACCAGCCGCAUCCAGGCCCUCACCGCCAAGGCCACCACUGACCUCUGAGCAACCUGCCGCCCGCUCACCUCCACUGUGAUAACCCAAUUCCCAAUUCUCUCUCUCUCUCUCUCUCUCUCUCUCUCUCUCUCUCUCUCUCUCUCUCUCUCUCUCUCUUUUCUUUCUCUUGCAAACAUACCCAUCCACAAAAGCUUGCAUUCCUCAGCAUAUCAUAUACACAUAUAUAUGUAUAUACAUAUAUACAUAUAUAUUUAUAUAUUUACUUGCAGUUACACAAAAUAGCAUCACACAUGUAUUUAGUGGCUGACUCGGUACAAUCACAGCAGAAGAACCUGUCUGUUUUUUAACAGUUAAAGGAGUAGUUCAGCAUUUUAGGAAAUCCACUAAAAUGCUCUCUUGCCAGCUAACUGUAACUUCUCAUUCAGCACGCAGAUAUCUUUUCACCUAAAUCUCGGCAAGGAAGCAAUUAAGUGCAUUCCCCUAAAUGUCAAACCAUUGCUUUACAAAUCCAUAAUUUAACAUGUGAAAAUACACACUAUCACUCCAUCUUACCUGGCAUGUUCCAGCCAGUGUGUACAUGCACGCAUAUAUGCAGGCAAACCCGUCUUUAGUCGCUGACCUAAAAGGGAGUCUGCCUCCACCGAAACAUGUGAAAUGUUUGACACAUCUGCCCUGCAGGCGAAGCCAUGGACGGAUGUGUGUGUGUGAGUGUAGCUUUAGUCAGUGUUUGGAAAAACACUGAGCAUAUGGUAUGUUGUUUAGAACGUUGCUUUUAUUCUUUAGUGUUUGCACAGCGUAAAUUACACAGACAGUACACAAAUGUGGACAAAAUAACCACACUGAAGCUCAUUAUUGCAACACAGUUCUGCAUAAGUGAACGCCAAAGAAAUAACUUUUAAACUGCCAUAUAUUAUGUGUACUUAUUCCAUAUGCCACUAUAUUUAACAUCACUUACAGUGUAUUGAUGGGGACCACAGGAGCUACAUACAUCCUCAGUGUAAAAAAAAAAAAGACAAAGUCCUCAAUAGGCAGCUGCUGAAUGCAAUUCCCCUUUUUAAAUAUUAUCAUCUUUUAUUACUAAUAGAAAUUGCCAUGACGUAUACAGUAGAAUAUUUUCUGUUGGCUUCAGCAGUACAGUUAGACAUUCCAUUCAUAAAAAUAUGCCCUUAUAUUUUAGUGUAAUCACUUAGUUUUAAAUAAAUAGUUUUUAAGCAGAUAGAUAUGUCACGUUUCCCCCCAUUUCCCAUGACAUUCAUUAGAUCACCGGUUGUACUGUCUGCAUCUGGCAGAGAUAACAGAUAUUAGAUGGCUAUGCAAUUUUUAAUGCUAAUGGCAUCGACACUUUAUAUUAAAUUUUAUAAAUAAGGAAAUAUUUUACCUGUACAGUUUCAAGCAUAAGUGUCCUUAUAGUAAUCCUUUAAUCAGAACUAUGCUGUUGGUACUGUGUGACUUUGUGUGUCAGUACUGUGCUGUAUGUCAGUAUUGAUUGUACCGUUGAAACUCGUCUUUUAUAUUUUAGUCUAUGUUUAAAGUCGAUGGGUAAAGAAGGGACUGUGAGAGUUUCCCAAAAAUUAUGAUUUUUUAAAUUUUUUUUAUUAUUUGUUCCAUCCAAAAGUCAUGGACCAGUGUUCAUGAUUAUAGUUAGAUCAGUAUAUUACAGCAGUAGUGAGUUAGUCAAGACAUUUCAUGAUAAACAACAAAAACAAUAUAGUUAAUAAUAAGUGAUUGUUUGCCAAUUUAUUAGUUGGAUUGGUAAUCAGUGAACCCAGUAUUUUUUAAUUCCAGGUGCAGUGUGCAUGUGGAUGGAUUUAUUAUGAACAAAGCAAGUAAUUAUAACUUUCAGUGAUAUUAUAACAGAAGAAUGAGGCAUCACUUUGCUACUUUACUGUUUUACUCACACACGAAAAAAAGGGUUUAGUGCCAUCAGAAAGUGAGACGGACAAGAAAUAAAUAUACUGUAGUUAAUAUCACAGCAGAGCCUUUGUGAUCAACUGUAUCAAUGUUUUAAACAGGGUAACACUUUGUAAUCAACUGUGCUAAUGAGCUCAAUAAAGAAUUAUCAGUGGACAAUAAGUUGAUAUUCAUCAGAUGUUUUGCUAGGAUCUUUUUAGAAUAAAAAUAGAGAUAACUGCCGUUUACAAUGUAAAGGGAUACUGAAUAUUGCCUGAAAAGAUGAUGAUGAAAACACAGUUAAAUCUCUGCACAUCUGACCGUGUUUGGUCCGUUGGUUCGACUCUUUCUAGCAGACAGAACCGUCCCUCGCUCGCUCUCACGCCUCGAGCAGGGAGCGAGUGAAUGCCGGUUCUCCAGGAGGUUAGGCAACCUUUUUCCGUCGAUAUUCCGAGCGCAGAUUGUAGACGGCCAGUUCAUCGGUUCACAUACACCAUCCAAAAAAGAAAACAAAACUUUUACAGCUAUGUUAAAAUCACAACAGACGAGUGUACUGUGUGAGAAUAGUCAUGUUAAAAUAGCUCAACAGUGUCACAAAACUCAAGAUAGAGACACGUUUUUACAGUGGUCUCAAUCUUCUUUUAUUGUAUCUCAACAGUUUGAUGAAUUAGUUAAAUGCAUUCAAAUCUGUGCUUCUCUCUAAUUAAAAGAAGACAUUUAUUUAUUCUCCUUUUAUCCCUCCUUCUUUAGAUAUAAAUAUAUAACACCGUUUACACUAUCCAUACUUACCUCCUUCACUUUGGCCAUUUGAUAUUUGACUCAGUGAGUCAUCUGGUUACGAUGAAUAUGUCAUAUGUGUUGCUAGGUUUCAGCUGACAGAGAUGUUUCUGGGCAUCUAGCUAAGUUAGUGUCUCAUGUUUGCUGUCUGUUAAAGGUCGACACAGGGCUUCCUGACAUGCUCAGAUAAUUAGACAGCUCUGUUAAAUGGUGCUAAAAACACAAAUGAAGAUGUCAAAGUGACUAAACAGGAAGAGAUCCUGAUUGAAACUCCAGCUGUAAACGCCUAAACCCUCCAGUUGAUUUAAAAAACAUAGGAACAAAGGAACAACAGUAGUGCAGAUAUGCUCAUUUAAAAUUAUAAUUCAGCUACAAUUGUCUCCAAAGACAACUCUAGAUUCUAGCACUGGAGCUAGAAAAUCUUUUUUUUUUUUUUUUUUUUUUUCAACAGCUUCUAAGUUUACUGUAGUCAAAAUGGUCCAUUAUUUAGAACUGAGUUUGCCUCUUUCUCUACAGGAAAAUAUGCCAUUGCAAUAAGUUGUACAAUCAUUUUUGUGAGUGACAGAGGUUUAACAGCUCAUCUUCAUAAAAAUGUAGUUCACAACAUUGCAGUUUUUAUCUUUGCAGAGCAGCUUCACAGUAUGCUUUACAGUACCUUCAUUUUUUGUUAAAUGUACCAGAUUACAAUCAAACAGGAGGCUCGUCAGUGUGAUGAAGAAUACAGCCAUUGAUUAGAAAUGUUGUUUACAGCACAUGUUCACACUUUGUGCAUGUUUGAUGAGAUAUACAACAGAAAUAAAAGCUGUUGUUACAGUUUGGUAAAGGGAAUUUUAUAUUGUAGAUAACAAAGAACAGUACUUUGUUAAAACUUUAACACAUUUCACCAAUACACAGGAUGUGAGGUAAUUUAAAGGGGACCUAUUAUGCUUAUUUUCAGUCAUAUAAUGCUACAAUGUUGGAUGUUCAUAUUAAAUGUGGCCAAAGUGUCAAAUAAUGAAGUAAAUGUAUGUAAAAGUUAUAACUGUGAGCAGACGCACAUGCUUCAGACUGCUCUGAACACUCAGAUUCCAACAGUUUUUUUCUACUUUCAGCCCGAGCUGAUGUCAUCUUGUGAUAGAUUUCUUUAUAUGGUCAUUUGCUCCACACGCAGCUGAGUUUACUGCUCUGCUCUGCUAUUAUUAGGGCUGUUUUUGUUUGUAGUAUUUCUCCCUGUAUUAUUUCUAACUGACCUGUUGAACAAAGAGCUCCGUAAACUUUACUUCAAAAUCACUGUUAGCUGACAGACAGGAUAAAGAUGUCCAACAAUAAGCAGGUAAUGAGCCUCACCACACAGAGACUUGCUGCUGUAAUCUUUGUUGCUGGGGAUGUCUGUACUGUCCACUCUCAUAUUUUAGGUUUUGGAUUUCGGCUCCAGCAAUUACAGAUGUAAUGGAGAAGUUAAGUAUGAGAAAAUAACCAGAACAAGAAGCAAAAUCCUGCCCCUGGAGCCUUCUCCCAAAGCUGAGGGAAGCUUAAAACUGGCCAAUCAGAACAGAGUGAACUUCUAGGGAGGGAGGCAGAGGACAAGGGAAUCCAAAACAGCCCGUUUCAUAGAAAGGCUGAACCAAGGGGCUGCAUAAAGGGCCAGUAUAAGAUAAAUAAGGAGUUUUUUAAAACUGUGAAUCAUGCAAAGCUACUCUAGUGGAGUCCAAAACAAAAAAUUAGAGCUUGAAAUUAGCAUGAUAGGUCCCCUUUAAUAUUACACUAAUUUUUAUAUCAGAAAGAUAACAAAAUCACUGUGUAUAAUGUGAAAAGUGGUGUUUAUAGUGACAAACCCACAGAUAAUUAUUAACCAACUCUUAGCCAAUUCCUCCUAGCUUUUUCGCAGUGUUUUAGCAUCUUUCAGCUUAUUGUUUUGGGUCUUUGCAACUUUUCUGCUUUAUUCAUUGUUUCAGUCAUUGUGUCAUUUCCAGUCACAAAAUGCACUUCUUUCCCCCGAAAAGCUCUGAUAAACCCACUGUACACAACAAACGAAGUCAACAAGUAGCCAGAAAACAAAAUGAAGCAGCUAAAGAAACAGCUAUUUCCAUCAAGAGUUGGUAACGACCAAAACAGAGCGUGUAGUGGAGUUAAUAAUGUACUUCUAUUCAUCAGGUGGCCAGAAACACAACAACUUUAUAAGGUGAUAAAUAUGUUGUUAACAACUCGUUGCCCCUUAGUGGCUAAACAGAUCAGCUAAUGCAGAUUUAAGGACAUUUUUAACACUUGACAUGAGUUAACAAGGGCCGUUUUAAAUGAGGGGCCAACAGUAAAGACAUAUUCUGAUACUCUACUGAUGAAUGUCUUUUCAAAAUGUUGGCUUAUUAGCACACGUUUUCUACAAAGCGUAGUCCACGAGCACAGACCUAAAUCUCUGCUUGAGGUUGUUGUUGAUGUGCCAUUAAAAGCGUAUUAAACUCUCUUAUUUACGGUAUUUGUAUGGACGGCUUUUGGACACAUCACACAUUUAACGUGGGGGCAUAUCCGACAUGAACCUUAUCUGAAAGCUUGAUGCCGCAAGUAUAAAGAAAAAGAGCGUUUAAUGAUUUUUACAUUUUUUUUCUUCCAGUGUAUUUGUGUUGUCUACUGUCUUUGUUCCGCCGCCGUUUUUUUUGUUAAAGUGCCUUUGGCUGAGCAGUAUUGAAUCACUAUACUGUUGCUGUGUAUUACGUACUUGGCUCUGCCUCACUCAAAAAAAACUAAACUUUGCCUUGUUUACUUGUCUUUACCAAAGUAAAUAAAGAGGAUCCCUUUUUUUUUUUGGGCCUACUCUGAAUCCACUCAGUACAGUAGAUGUUUCCAUCAGGUACGGUGCUUAAGGCUGCAGCAGUAGAGUCUUAAAUGGUGAUGAAAGUGAAACUCGCCUUAAAGAGCUUGAUCCUCUGUUGUCAAAGUAAAGCAUCUCUGUUGAUCUUUUUUAAAGGGCAUGUAGUUUUUUGUUUUUUUCUUUCCUCAAUAAAAGCUU